UAUUUUUUCUAUUCUUUUCAAGAGAUAUGAAGUAUCUCACUUUUACUUUUAUCACUUUAAUAAGCUGUGCUAUUGCUUUACCCAUCACAACUUCAACAGAACCAAUAACCGCUGUGGAAGAAAAAGAGAUAUUAGUCCAGCAUGACAUUUUAGAUGAAGUGUUUCCAGUUCAAGUCGAUACAUUAGCUCAACUUAUUGCAACCCAUCUCCAGUUCGACCAUCUUGAUGCAGUGAUUAGUCGUACAGAUAAGGAGAUCGCAACUGAGUUCCAGCACCAUAUUCAAAUUAACGUCGAAGCUAAUGAGUUUGAUGAUGAACUCGUGUCGCACAACGCUAACCAGCAUACAAUUCAACAGCAAUCACCCACAUUAGAUAUGAUGGACUUGGAAAUUCUUAAAUCUCAGAUAUUUGCUGCUAUACAAGCCCAUACCGAAGGAAACUUACCUCUCACAUGGGACAAGUUGGCUGAUAAACUUAGCCGCCAAGCCAUAGAAUCGUAUCUUCGUACGUCAUUACUCGAAACAUGUGGUGGACAACAUGAAGUCGAAGACGUUAUAUUAUCUUCUUGUUUAAACGAGAAUGCAAUUCAACUUGCCACAAAUUUGGAUUCCUAUUUAACAAGUAGCCUAGAAUAUGUCUUUGAGGCUCUUGAUCAACAUGCACUACCCGAUUUGCUUCAACAUACCGCUCAAGACUUAAAGGGUAUCCUCAAGUAUUUCAACUCUGCAUUCCUUCAAAACGGAAAUAGAAAAUUCAUACUCGAAGUCGUACCUUGGAAUAGUGAUCCAACUGAUAUUCAUAACUUUAAAUCCAGAUUGUUGGAAAUGGCUGUUCACCCUUCUUUAGUAGACAAUGAAGAUGUUCAUUCAAUCGCUUUCUUUGUUGAAUAUGCUGCCAUGGCAAGAUUAUAAGUCAUAAGUAACAACCACAUCCAUAAUAUAUAUAUAUAAACUGUAUAAAUCCCCUCAACCUCAUUCUAAAAAAAAAAAAAUAUCAUACCCCAUUCAUUAUUCUAUUUCUGUUUCUUUUACAAAACAACCCACCUUUGUUUUUAUUAUUUAAAAUAGAUUUUUGUAAAUAAAAAUAAUAAUUACUUCAGAAUAACGCAUAAAUAGUCCCCGGACCAAAACAUAAUAAA